AUGUUAUCGGACAUUAUUAAUGGGGUGAAAAUAAUCAAAUUGCACGCAUGGGAGGAUUUGUUUUCCAAGUUGGUCAGUGAAGUGCGCAAGAGAGAGACACGUUUAUUCUUGUACGUCCGUCUAAACCAGGCGUUUCAGUUUACACAGCUGGUCUACCAAGUCAAAGUAACCACAAUGGUCAUGGUGUUGGCCAUUGUCCUUCUACACAAAGGACCGGGUGAUCCGAUUGCCUUACAAAGUCACCAGUUGUACACAUUGUUGAACUACCUGAAUUCGCUGUUCCUUUCGCUCACACUAUUCCUGCCUAUGUGUAUCCAAGCGUUUUUCGAUACGAAAGUGAGCGCUCGUCGAAUUCAGGAUUUCUUGCUAAUCCCUGAAAUCGAACGGGAGCGCAAACCCCAUGUGGUGGACUCCGAUGUGCCCCAGCUUCAGUUCUACGAUGUAUCUGCUUCAUGGAAUCGCUCUUCGCUGCUACAGGCCGCAUUGGGUGAGCUGCCUCAUUUUGAGGGCUUCAUCAUGCGAUCGGACAGCUUGGCAUACAUGCCUCAGAUAUCCUGGAUUUUCCCGGGCACAGUUAGAGACAAUGUGCUAUGUUCACUGCCGUACGACCAAGAGCGUUAUGCGCAAGUACUGAAGGCAACCACUUUGGAUGUAGACAUAAAACGGUUGUUACAUGGAGAUUACACGCAAGUAGGUGAACGUGGAGUCAGUUUGAGUGGUGGACAAAAAGCUCGAAUCGGUUUGGCCCGGAUAGCAUACAGCGACGCGAUGUUUGUACUUCUUGACGAUCCUUUGGCCGCAGUUGAUGCUCGGGUGGCGAAUCAUUUAUUUGAGGAAUGUAUUUGUGGCAUCCUGUCGAACAGAUUACGUCUCUUGGUUACGCAUCAGCAUCAUUUGUUGCCACGAGUGGACAAGAUCAUGGUAAUGCAGGACGGCGCGAUCACCCACUUUGGCUCUUACAAUGAACUAAUUGAGGAAGGAGUGAACUUCCAAACGCUGAUAUACAAUAUUCAGCGGCAGGACAAUGCAGUACCAGUGGAUCUAUCUGAAAUAAACAAAUGUAGGGAUGACGAAAACACAGGAUCCAAAAGACGAAGCCAGAACAUCAGCUUUCAGUCAGAGGAUGGUCCCGCAUGCCUCGAAGUGGAAGAUCUUGAGACUGGUUUGCUAUUAUCGGAGAUGGCAAAUCAAGCUGAAUCACGGAACAAGUCCCCUGUGACGGAUGUCCCAAGUAAAGGCCAUCCAGUUCCGGGCUCAAUCAAUUUUUUACGCGGAUCAGAGGAUACACAAAAUGAAUCUUCCGUUGCUUAUUCAAGUUCGCAGAAUAUUGAUGAUCUGUGUCGCUUCAUGGACUCCUCGUGUCGAUCAGAUGGGGUUGUGAAACGUAAGCGAACCCUCAGUUCCAUGGAGCCAUCGCGUCGUACUGAACUGCAGAAUACUGCCGAGAAAUCUCUUCUAACAAGAUCCAUGUCGCAAGGAGGCUCAAAGGCAAGAAGACGCUUAGCGGAUCAGGAUUCAGUGCCCAGUGUUCGGACGCUGACCCCAAGAAGUUCCAUCACUUCACGUUUGGCAUUUAGUAUGGAGAACGCACUGGCUCCGGGAAGUAUGAUGGGUUUGGACGAGGGGACGAUGAAAGUGGUCGUGGAUUACACGGAUGAGGAGGACGAGAAACGAAAUCGGCUAAGGGCAAUUCAAGACGUGAAGAGAGAUAAGGAAUUGGGUACACUGGAAAUAUUUAGUCAUCAGAAAAAGGAUUUUUCACGCGAGGAGAAGUUGGUGGAAGCGGAGGAGGAAGAAGAGGACACAGCAAUUGCCGAGGAAUGGCAACAUGGACAAGUGAAAUGGAAACACUACCUGAUUUUAGGAAGAAUCGGUGGAGGAAUUUGUGGAUUCCUAUUUGCCAUGCUCCUGUUUGCGGUCACGAUAACUAACCAUGCCGGUUGUGAUUUGUGGAUCGCGAAAUGGGCGGAGUUUGUUGACGAGAGAGCCAUGAGGAACGCGACCGAUUCCGAUAAUCAAAACAUUACCAUGAACACUGACACAUUCCCGAUUUGGGAUAUUCGGGAUAAUCGCGUCGCAUUGUUGAUCUAUUGUUGUUUGACUGUCUCUCUGGUGAUUAUCAGCUCAGUUCGGUCCCUUGUGUUUUUUGGGAUUCUCAUCAAUGCCGCAAAACGUCUUCACAAAGGCAUGCUGAACGCUUGCAUGCAAACUCGGUUGACCUUCUUUGAAAUUAAUCCAUCCGGUCGCAUUCUGAACCGUUUUGCGAAAGAUAUCGGACAACUGGACGACUAUUUACCCACAACAAUCCACGAUUUCCUUCAGUGUUUCUUCUUGGUCGUCAGCAUAGGUGUGGUCACGAUUGUUGAAAGCUAUUGGAUCAUCAUUCCAACGAUCCCCAUUCUCGUUCUGUUCUACAUUACAAGACAGUACUAUUUGUGUACUUCGAGAGAUCUAAAGCGAAUCGAAUCAGUUGCACGUAGUCCGGUAUUCUCGUGGGUCAAUAUAACAAUCCAAGGUCUGCCAUGUAUACGGGCCACCAAGACGGAAUCACUUCAUAUGCAGCGUUACAACCAGGUCAUGGAUUCGCACACCAGCGUGUUUUAUAUGAACAUUGCAGCGGCCCGAUGGCUUUCAAUUCGAUUGGAUUUGCUCUGUACCGUGUACCUCGCUGCAGUUGUUACCGUUUGUUUGCUUAUGGGCAAUUUUUCACAUGUGAGUAGUUCCGAAGUCGGUCUGAUGAUCACUUAUGCCACGGGUCUCAUUGGUCUGUUCCAGUGGUGUGUACGUCAGAGUGCAGAAGUCGAGAAUCAAAUGGUCUCAGUCGAACGGACUGUGGAAUACAUGGAUUUGGAACCAGAAAUUACGGAAUCUCCCGUGAUGCAACCACCGAUCAACUGGCCAUCUCAGGGAAAAAUUGUUUUUGAUGGUCUAUGGCUUCGUUACAAUAAAACCGCAUCUUGGGCUUUGCGUGAUAUCACACUGCACAUUGAACCCGGUCAAAAGGUUGGUAUUGUCGGACGGACUGGUGCUGGGAAGAGUUCACUCAUUUCUGCCAUAUUUCGGCUUGUGGAAGCCGAGAGCGGUCAAGUUCUGGUGGAUGACGUAGACAUUGCGCAUCUUGAUUUGCCGGAAUUGCGAAAACGUAUCUCGAUCAUACCACAGGAUCCUAUUAUGUUUUCGGGGACUAUUCGCAGCAAUUUGGAUCCCGACGAGAGGCUCAGUGAGGAAGCUAUUUGGAGUGUUCUGGCCUCGGUUCAACUGAACAAAGUUAUCUCCACCUUACCUGGCGGACUUCAGGCACACAUUUGUGAAGGUGGGACAAAUUUAAGUACCGGACAGCGUCAACUGCUUGCAUUGGCUCGAGCCAUCCUGGGCGGUAAUCGUAUUCUGGUGGUUGAUGAAGCUACAGCGAAUGUAGAUCCCGGCACGGAUUACGUUAUUCAAAAAACCCUGCGAGACCAAUUUGCCUCAUGUACCGUUCUCACGGUGGCUCACCGCCUGCACACAGUUAUCGAUAAUGAACUGUUGGUGGUGAUGGAAGGUGGUCGUAUCGUCGAAGUAGGACCACCACAUGAGUUACUCAAUCCUGAACUUUCUCGACUAGACCGUGAGCAACUGGAAAACGAUCUGCCACCUAGACCAGAUCAACAAGUCUCAAUGGCUGUACCAGUGACCGGGGUUGGCGCGUUAGCUUCAUUGGUUCGUCAGACUGGGGUUGAAGAGGCCGCUGUCCUUGCCAAUAUGGCUCGAAACGCUUACAUCGAAACACUGACACACAAGUCAAAAAAAUGA